AUGGAUUCAGAGUGCUUAACGUGUGGCGCAAAAAUUCCAAACGGGUCCUCGAUACAGGCAGAUCGAAUAGAAGUACGAGAUGCCCUCCAGCAACAUUUUUGGUUUAAGAUUGAAGAUUGCCAAAAUCAAAUCUUGUGUGAUAAUUGCUGGAGAAAGAUACACGACUUUCAUCAGUUCUUUUGUGAGGUAAAAGCCCGUUGGAACAAAAAUCCGGAAUUACUGGAAUUGAAAAUGGAACAAUGUUUUGGUGUAGAACCGGCUUCCGAAGACAGUCCCGAGGAAAUUGUGUUUGCAUGUGAAUUGAUCAAAGGCGAACAUGACGAUGAAAAGCCCGGUGAAACUGAUGGUGAUCAGAAACGGUGUGUCACACCUACUGAGCAAGAGACCAUUUAUGAUAAGGAGGAUAGUUCAACAGAAGAGUCUUCUAUUCCCAUCCAAGAGAGACUUUCAAAGAACUUCAAAAAACGUAGAGAGGCUGCGGAUGAAUUUCAUUCGCAAAGGAAGAAAAAGCGUAUCGCAACUGUAGUAAUAGAAAAGAAGUCUACUCCUAAUUCGGAACGCAAAUUUCCGUGUAAUAUUUGUAAUCUAACGAAAAACUUCAAACGCGACGAAGAUCUUCAAGUUCAUAAGACCCUCUACCAUGCCAACGAGGCGGAAAAAGUCCACAAAUGCAACCAAUGCGAAAAAUCAUUUACAACCGAAUGGCAGCUUUCCGGUCACCUAAGUUGGCACAAGAAUGUGAAAAAUUUAGGUAUUUUCUGCGAACAAUGCAAUAAGUACUUUAGCACCGUGCGUAUAAAAAAUGCCCAUAUACGGGCACACCACGCGGCGCCCUCAACUAAGUCAUCCAUCGAUUUCAAUGAUAAUCAAGACAAGCCCACUGAAGAGACAUCGUUGUCAACCGGCUCAAGGAAGAAACCUGCCGAAAGAGUCGCUGAGGAAGACAAUCUUAUUCGCCGCUUUUGUACGUUGCUUUGCGAGCUAUGUGAUAACAUUAGUGAUACCUUCUCUCAGCUGUGGAAGCACUAUAAAAACGCGCAUGGUCAGCGAGCAUAUGCAGUAUGCUGCGGACGGAAAUUUGGCCGUAAACAAAUGCUGUACGAUCACUGUCUGCUGCACAUCGACCCGAAAAGGUUUCGAUGUGAAGAAUGUGACAAAACCUUCAAUAAUCACGAGGCACUAGAAAAGCAUAACCAAUGGGUGCACACGCCCGACUCGGAAAAACCUUUCAAAUGCGAAAUCUGCGAUGUUGCUUAUUUCAAAAAAUUCCUCCUGCGAAAUCACAUGAAGUAUCACAUCGCAAUGGAACAGAAGACGUUUCAGUGUCUAGAAUGCGACAAAUCGUUCGGCACCGACCUCUUACUGCGAAGUCAUCAGCAAAACAUUCACGGUGCCUCCAGCAGCUGGGUCUGCGAGAUAUGCGCCAAAGGAUUUGUCUAUCAGUCGUUACUGGAAAAGCAUCGCCUAUCGCAUUCAGCCGAGGGAGUGGCCAGUUUGAAGGUUCAAUGCGAGCACUGCAGCAAAUGGUUGACAACGAAAGCAGGUCUGUACAACCACCUGAAACGAUGCCAAGCGAGUGGGACGGCGACUUGUGACGUUUGCGGAAAGAAACUGGCCAACCAGCCUGCCCUGGUGAGACACAAGCGCGAUAUGCACGCGAAACGACCGGCACUGUUCUGCAAUUUUUGCGGGAAACAGUUCCGGCAAGUGCUUCGCUUGAAGGAACACGAGGCUACGCAUCGGGGAGAAAUUCUGUACAAUUGCCCCUAUUGUCCGAUGGCGUGUAACUCAAGUGCCGUAAUGCACGCGCACAAAAAAACCGUUCACGCCGAACUUUGGGCUGCUCGGAUGCGGAAAAAAUUCUUUGAGCGGUAA